CUUAAGGGUUCAGGAAGUUCAGGGGUAAGCGUGCGCCUGGAAGAUGACAAUUCUACCUUCUUCCAAACACGAAUGGUGAUAUUUGGAUACGAUUUUGAUGAAAUUUUAAUUAUAAGAAUGACUGAAGUGAAGAAAGAUGAUGUCGUUAAGAUUUUACACACGUAUCCCCUUUGCAGAAAAUGUGAUAUGUCAGAUGAAAUGAAACAAGAAGCAAUGGAAUUGUGUGUUACUGCGGCAGAAAAAUAUGCCGAUAAUUAUGAAAGUGUUUCUAGGAUGAUUAAAGAGACCAUGGAUAAAAGAUUCGGCGCAUCUUGGCAUACGGUUGUAGGCGAGGGAUAUGGAUUUGAAAUAACUUAUCAGCUGAAACACCUUCUAUACAUGUACUGUGCUGGAAAUCUAGCAAUAUGUAUAUGGAAAUCGGCUUAGCAUAAUUGACAAAGAUUCGAACAUACUAAAACGCAAACAGAUGUACAAAUAAUUUACAUAGAGAUCAAUUUUUAUUUUAAGCAAUGACAAACGCUAUGAAAUCGUACAAAUAAAACGACUAAAUUGUAAAUUAGUAUAUUUACAAAUACUAAGCAUGACCAAAGAAAUAUAAAUAAAAAACGUUCAAAUUUAUA